AUGCCCCCACCAACCUACACCCUAACAAUCCUCUACCCGGCGGGUACAACUUUCAACAUGCCCUACUACCUCAGCACACACAUGCCGCUGGCCGAAAAACACUGGAAGCCCUACGGCGCGCAAUCCUGGAAAGUCGUCCAGCUGCCUCACGACGCGCCUUACUGCGUGCAGGCGACGGUCAAGUGGGGGUCGAGGGAGGAGUUUUUGAAAGCGCUGGCAGGACCUGAGGUCGAGGAGAUCAAGGGGGAUGUGAAGAAUUUUUCGGAUCGCGAGCCUAUUAUGUUGGUGGGUGAGGUUGUGGGGUCGUCGUCGUGA